CGAUAUGCUGCACAAGUGAGCAAGAACGCAAAAUGCUCUCGGUGCGCGCCGGGACGCCGCCGCCGCGCGCCCACUCCUCCGCGCUCGCGCAGCUGCACGCUGCGCUCGCCAAGUCCGGCCUCUCCACCUGCUCUGCCACACCGGCCUCGGCCGCGGCCGCGGCCCGCGCUUGCUCGCGCCUGCGCCACCUCCGCGCCGGCCGCGCCGUCCACGGGGCCUCAACCAAGCUCGCGCUCCUCUCCGCCUCCACGCACUCCACCCUCCUCCCCAAUGCCCUCCUCCACCUCUACGCCUCGUCUCCCGGGGGCCACCUCCGGCUCGCCCGCCUCCUGUUCGACACCAUGCCGGCCAAGGACGCCGCGUCCUACAACAUCCUCCUCACCGCGCUCGCCUCCCGCGGCCACGUCGCUGAGGCGCUCGAGCUGUUCGACGAAAUACCCGAGCCCAACGUCCGCUCCUGGACAGCGCUUAUCGCCGGGUUCGCGCAGUCCGGCAGGCCAGCUGACGCCCUGCGCAUCUUCAGAGACAUGGAGAACGCCGGGGUGUCGCCUAACGAGGUGACCGUCGUCGCCACGCUCGCCGCGUGUGCCGACGUUGGCGAUCUGGACCUAGGCCGUCAGGUGCACAUCUACGCCAAACAGCAAGCUUACUGCCACAAUGUGCAAGUCGGUAACACGGCCAUCGACAUGUACGUGAAGUGCGGGUGCGUCGACGUGGCGAGGGCGGUGUUCGACGCGAUGGACCGCCGGACAGUGGUCUCCUGGUCGGCCAUGAUCUGCGGGCACGCCAUGCACGGCGAAGGAGAGAACGCGCUGGAGCUCUUCGCGGCGAUGAGUCGGCAGGGCGUGUUGCCGAACGGCGUGACGUUCGUCGGACUGCUGCACGCGUGCAGCCACAUGGGGUUGGUGGACGAAGGCCUCGCGUUCUUUGAAAGCAUGGAGAAGGACCACGACAUCACUCCGGGGAUCGAGCACUACGGCUGCGUGGUCGAUCUCCUCAGCCGCUCCGGCCGCCUCGACGAAGCGCUCGAGUUCAUCAAUGCCAUGCCCGUCGAGCCCAACAGCGUCGUGUGGGGUGCACUUCUUGGAGGAGCGAGGCUGCACAAGAACGUCGAGAUGGGCGAGGAGGCGAUCCGGCACCUCACUGUGCUGGACCCGGGAAACGACGGGUACUACGUCGUGCUCUCCAACAUCUACGCGGACGCCGGCCGCUGGGAGGACGUGGCUCGCGUGCGGCGCGCCAUGAAGCACCGCGGGGUCAAGAAGACGAAAGGCUGGAGCACGAUAUCUGUGGGCGGCACGGUCCUCGAGUUCACCGCCGGUGACUGCUCGCACCCACGUGCGACGGACAUCUGCGAAACGUUGGAUAAGUUGCUGAGCGAGGCGCGGCGGCGAGGGUACGUGCCGGACACGUCGGUCGUUCUCCUGGAUGUGGACGACAAUGAGAAGGAGCGCGUCCUGGCACGGCACAGCGAGAAGCUGGCCGUGGCGUUUGGCCUGAUGACCACGCCGCCGGGGACGACACUCCGGGUGAUGAAGAACCUACGGGUUUGCAGCGACUGCCACGCCGCGUUGAAGCUCAUCUCGGAGAUUGCUGGGAGGGAGAUCGUCGUCCGGGACAGGAACCGGUUCCAUUGCUUCAGGAGUGGUGCUUGCUCUUGUAGGGACUACUGGUAGUGAUAGACUAGCUACUGCUGCAAGCCCUGUUGUCCAGGGUUGUUACAAGUGGGGCAGGGCCUGUCCAACGUCCAAAUGCAGGGCGAUGUGCAACUGUUCAAGGCACAAUGCCUGUUCGUUCUCAGCUAGAAAGAAAACAGAGAACGGAACGAAACCCGUACUCCAAACAAA